AUGAACAGAAGGUUAAAUAGAUACUCUUUGAAUGUUUAUCAAGUAGUUUUCUUGGUUAUUGGUUUGUGUUGUGUCUGGUGUAAUACUGUUAAGAAUUCAGAUAAGAUGAGGUGGCCUAAUAGAUUUAAAAGAAGCAGGGUAAAUAGAGAUAAUCGAACAAAAUUGGUUUAUGCUGGGAUGACCAAUGCAAUAGACGAGCUGGGAAUCUUAAGCGAGAAUCAAUUAACGCGAAUAGAUGUAAUAAAGCAGGGCCAACAGAGCUUCAAGGAAGAAAAGCAUGCGGCUUCUGAGAACAUGAACUCAACCCAAAGCGAUUGCAGCUUCUCUGACAAAUCAAAGGAUAUAUUCGAACAGGAGAAGAUUGAUUCGAUAUCUCAACUAGUCAGAAAAGAAAUAAUACGGCAAAGGCUUAAUAUACUUGCCCAACAAAUGGAACAUUGGACAAAGGAAAGCAGGAAUGCCCAGGCGCAAUCGGGAUCGCAAAUGGAGAGCAUAGAUAUGCUAGUAAAUACAACCCAACAACUAAGCAAAAUUAAGCGCGACUUAAAGAACUCACGAAAUCAAUCCCCCGAUUCACAAAGAAGCAUAUUUGAAAAUGGUCUAAUCACAAUAGGCGCCCGAUGCAAUUCCCAUGGAUUAACAAGCCGAAUCAAAGUGAUCGUAAUAGAAGAACUAACGAAAAUACUACCUAAGAUUGAUACGUUAGACCGGGUCUAUCUAACAAAAAUUAUAGAUCCAGUGAUAAAUCAAUUAUUGAAACCUGAUGAACUCAGAAGCCCCGACAACGUAUCUAGGAUAAUUAAAGAAACGCUAGCUCAACUUGAUAAUAGGUUUAAAGAAAUGGAGGUUGAAAGUGAAAGUGAACAGGAGCCCACAGAUUUAGAACCCUCUAAUUCAAGAACUCGAUUAAGCAAUCCCCAAACUAACGGAUCAGGGAUGGUUGAAGAAGAGUUAGUUCAACUUGAUAAUAAGUUUAAAGAAAUGGAGGUUGAAAGUGAAAGUGAACAGGAACCCACAGAUCCAGAGCCUUCUACUUCAAGAACUCGAUUAAGCAAUCCCCAAGCUAACGGAUCAGACAUGGUUGAAGAAGAGUUAGUUCAACUUGAUAAUAGGUUUAAAGAAAUGGAGGUUGAAAGUGAAAGUGAACAGGAGCCCACUGGUUCAGAGCCUUCUACUUCAAGAACUAAAUCAAGCAAUCCCCAAACUAACGAAUCAGGGGUGGACGGUAAACUUCAUUCAAGUAGCAAACCUGCUGGUCAAGAUUCUACGUUAUCUUUUAAUGGAUAUGGGUUUAAACUGCCCGAGUUGGAUCAAAAGGAUUGUACACUUAAGUUAGGCUCAGAGCAAGAAAUGCUUCUUCGGAAGUUUAUAAGUAGCAGCAACAAAUCUAUAUCAAAACCCAUUCCUGUUUGGAGAGUGUUUAAUAUCAACGAAGAUAACCAAUCCAGAAAGUAUGGACUAUCUAGCACUUCGUUGCAAGCUAAAGAUAUGUUUUCCCUGAACCUUGAUUGGGAAGAAAGUGAACUGAUGAAGUUACUAGGUAUCUUAAAGAAGUUCAGUAAAAUCAUAUUCAAUGCGGAAAAAGUCUGGCUAGAGACUCCUUACAACUCUGCUGCUUUAUUAGUCCUAGCACAACUCUUAACACUGUUCGAAAGCUCAGGGUUAAGUGCUAUGAAGAAACCUCUUGAGGUUCUUAUCCUUUUGCCGUAUAGAACUUGCCCUUCUUUGGAGUCAUCAUUCAAUGAUGUCAAGAAACGAGAGCAGUUCCGAAACCAAAUUGAGAAGAUCGAAGAGUCGCGAUACAUUAUCAGCAUGGAUAUUUAUGGACUCACAUCAAAUGUGCAGAAAUUCAUUUGGCCACUAGCAACACAUUUGUCAAUAUCCAAAAUAGAUAUAUACCGCCCCCAACUGAACAAGAUAGACUUUCUUGAUGACGUCAACUGGAUAGACCGAUUCUCUCUCAAAUUAUGCUUAGACUACCAAAAGGGCCUUACUAUUAGUUUAGGAGCCAGGACCACGAAAGGCAAAGAUCUCCCAACUUGUGAAUGCUUAGCUAUUGAUACUAACCUUCCAGACCAAGACCAACCGUCUAACAGCCCCACAAAGAUUUGUGUUACAGGCCUUACUGAAUACCUUCAACCCAAUUCUUUUGAUGAGGAUGGCAGGCCCUUAAACACUUUAUUACAGGUGUCCCCUGACAUUUCAACAUCUCCAUGA